ACGUUGUUAUCACCAUGUUGGGAUUUGUCAUGCGGACGGUGCUGCGGACGGUGGUGGUGGGACUUGCGCUUGCUGGCUGGUUCUGGUCGCAGAAUCUUCUCGCUACUCGGCUGACCAACCCAGAGGUGGCGGGCGGUUUCUUCAUCGGUGAUCGUGUUCAUGAUCUCCUCACGCCGCUCACCGACAUGAUUCGGGCCGACAAGCGGCUGAGCGAUGGUCUUCUCAUUGUGUCGUCGGCUGCCAUCGAUUUCUUUGGCGUCUCGUUUGCCAUCUACUCCAUCUUUGGUCCCUCGGUCCGUCCACUCGUUGGCAUCCUCAUGUGCUUUGUCAUGCGCCAGGCCAUGCAGGCGGUGUGCAUUCUCUCGGCUCCGCCGGGUGUCAUCUGGUACGAUCCGGGCUUCCCAACCCUCCUCGUCACCUAUCACUCUCUCAACGACUACUUCUUCUCCGGCCACACCGCCAUCGCCACCCUCUGCGCCAUGGAGCUGAUGCGCCUCGGCAACAAUGGCGAGCGCUACGCGUCCGGCUCGUGGCUACUCUCUGCCCUUGCUGCCGCCUUCUUCACCCUUGAGGUCUUCACUGUCCUCGUUCUCCGCGCCCAUUGGACCAUGGACGUCUUCACCGGCGCUGUCGCCGGCCGCUACUCCUCCAUCAUCGCUCUCUGGUUUGCACCCAAGAUCGACGCCGCCAUUGCUGCGGCCAUCGCCUCUUUCUCCCCCCUGCCCAUCCGCCUUCAAGAAGCCCUGGACAAGCCCGAGUUCCGCGAGUUGCUGUUAGAGUAUGUGCGGGAGAUUUCUGAUCCUGCUACGCUUGCUGCUCGUGAGGCGGAACUGAUCGCCAUGGAGAAGGAAGCCGGCAAUGGUGACGUCGCCUUUCUCCAUCCUCGUCCAGGUUUCGUGGUCAAGACCUACGUGGCCGGCGAUGAUGAGGACAAGGUCUUUAUCAACAUGGCGAUCGCCGAUGGCAUUGAUCCGGCUGUUCCCACGCCUUCGGAUGGGGGUGUCCACUGGGCUUUCCCCUACGCCCUGACUUCGUCGCGCACUGAUGUGGACAAGUCGGGCAACGAGGUCACCGUCUACGACGUCGCCUUCCAUCCCGAUACCGUUGCCCUUGCCAACAAGGACAACAUGCCGUCGCGUCUCCGCGACACCCUCAUCCUCACCGCCAUCGACGCUAUUCGCGACGCCUACAACGUAGAGCUCCUCCGCCCCGGCUCUGACAAGCUCGUCGUCCUCCGCAACAAAAAGUACUUUGGUGUCGCCCGCCCCUCGGUCAUCCGCUCCUCAUCGGGCUCUACCCCUUCCGCUUCUACUGCCGCCGCCGCUGCCGCCGCUUUCGCCGCCCCCACUCCCACCUCCAACUCCACUCCCGCCCCAGCUCCCGCUCCCGCCCCCGCCCCGUCGCCGCUCAUCGAGGAUCUCGGCCCGGCUGCACCAAGCACCCCAAGCCUCACCACUCCGUCCUACAAGCUCGUCCAUCAGGGCACCUUUGACAUGCGUGACCAUCUCAUGACUCGUGUUGCCUCCCGCAGCACCCGCCCGGCCAAGCUCGUUCUCUCCAUCGAGCUACCCGAGUGCGCGUCGGCCGGAGGUAUCGAUCUGGAGCUCGACGAAGGCUCGGUCUCGCUCUCUGUUCCUGACCUCUACGAGCUCCAUGUCGCGCUCCCGUUUCCUGUCGAUGACGAGUUUUCUCGUGCCCAGUUUAUCACCGCCUCGCGCACCCUCCGCCUCGAGAUGAAAGUUGUACCCGGCGAGCUUCCGCAGCUCCCUGCGUCUGAGCCGACUACCGAGCCAACUCCCGAGCCGACUCUCGAGCCAACUCCCGAGCCGACUCCCGAGCCGACUCCCGAGCCAACUCCCGAGCCGGCCCGGACACCAGACGCCGACCAUGAGCGCCCGAGCCACACGAUUGACCUCACGGCCACGUCUCUCACCGUCACCAUUCCCAUCGCGUCGAUCAACCGGUCGACGCUCUCGGUCGAGUCGACACCUACCCGCCUUGUCGUUGCCUUUCACACCUUUUCGGCGCCCGCCACUCUCUACAAGCUUGAUCUCCCGCUCGACGCACACCCGGUUGUCCCGGACGCCACGACCUCGACUUGCACCCUCUCGAACCUCACUAUCGGCCUCACACGAGCCGCCGCCGCUCCUGUCUCCGAUCUCGAGCCGACUUCCACCCCUGACUCGCACGGCCCCGUCGCCGUCGAUGAUCCCAUCCUCGCCGCCGCCAAGCGCUACAACGAGACUAUCGCCCGCAACCGCAGCACCUUGUCGUCUGUCACCCCGAAGCUUUCCGCCACCCAGCCGGUCGCAUCACCUGCCACGCCUCGUGCCCCCGUCCGCAACCCCAUCCCUUCCCUUGUCUUCAACACCCGCGACAUCAUCCUCUCCAAUGAGCUCAUGUACCGACUCGAAUGAAGCC